GCAAAUAUAUUUGCCAGCAGUGGCACACAGCAUGCUGAAGCUCGCACUGCGGCUCGAGUAUUUCACAUGAUACUGGCUGGUCGGUCUUGAGUUGUAGAAGUGAGGGUUGGUGUCUUCCAUCAGACCAUAUGCCUACUUCAGGGAACUAUGAUUUAUCUUUAUAUAGCUAUGAGAAAAUGCCAAGGUAAAAUAUUGAUUCAAAUAGAAGGAAAUAACUGGGAUGUAAGUUAAAGAUUCGGAAGUAUCGUUAAAAAGGUGAAGCGUGGUUCGGAUAGGGAUCAGCUGUUAACAGCUCUCAAGUCACCAACACCCGCAGUCGCAAUAUUAACAUAGUAGUGCUUGUUUUUCCUGAAGACUGAAAUUUCCUGGGAAUUAUUAUACGUAGACUUGGUGUAUGUUUUGUGCAUACUUUUUGCUUACAAUAUUAACUAUGUAACUUACGCAUCCGUCCAAUGGGAGGGCUUGUCUGCAGCUCAUGCAACCAACAUCAGCUUGGCACCCAGCUCCCAACCGGCGUCUUGAAAACCUGAGCUUCAAGGAGGAGGAGGCCCAGGAAAAGGUCACUGUGGGAUCAUGGCACAACUGGAACACCUUGUUCAUGGGCGGCAGUGCCAUGGUGGACGUCAUGGUCAGGGGCUACAACAGGUCCAAGCAGGAUAUUCUCAAGUCUGAAGGCAAACAGUGUUGCUGUCAACCUUGCCUUGGGAGAGACUGAAGUGGUAGAUGAAACAAAGCAGAACUUCAUCCUUGUCCAGACCACUGGAUCCUGUUCUUAUACAUCCUGUGCUGCCCUGCUGGAUAGGGUGGUUGCUGUGAGUCACGUGUUGCACACCUGCAAGCCUAUUUUUUUUGACACUGUAUCCACCACAGAAAAACUCUGGGAAAAGUCAUUACUAUAUGACAAAGUCAUUACUAUAUGACAACACUAGAGUGAUUGGCAACAACUGUCACUUUUUAUUAUGCUUGCUUGGAGGAAUCUGUACUUUCCUCUGCCCUUACCUCCUCUGCAGCUCUGUGCAGAGUCCACAUGUCCAUGUGUAAAUUGAAGCUUUUUGUGUGGUGGAAGCAUUGGCAAAGCAAUAUGCAGUACUGCAGGUUGGCAAUAUGCAACUGUCUCUGAUCAUGUCAAGUGGCACCAUCUGCAUAAGUCUGGGUGGUCGUCAUGUUCCUCCACUUGUAGAACCAUGGUGUUGCAUCUUCUGCAGUGUCAGAGGUCGUUUUUAAGUUCCUACAUCCUCUUGUCUAUCCCUGGUAUGUUUCACUUGUGCAUCCCAAUUAGCAGAUUAUUCUGUAUGUUCUUGAUCCACUUGGAGGGGAAGUAGCUGCAUCACACCACUAGCUUGUCUAUUCUCUCUGAGGAAGGCUGUUGAAAUGCAAGAGAUAUAAAGAUGUUUCAUUGUUUUCUCAUUGCUACAAUUUGUAUAACUUUAUAUCACACAGUGAACCUGCCUGGGCUUUGUAUAGACUAUGCAUGGAUGGUAAUGUAAUAAAAAUCUUUAAUUUUGACUAUAAAUGUAUGUAAGUGAAA